GAGCUGGGGUUCCUGUCAUGUGACCCCUCUCCCCUCGGCUCCCUCACAGUCCCGCCUGGCUUGGCGGGACCCGGUUGAAGGAGGGGGCUCCUCCGGGGAGGUGGUCCCUUGUCCCCAGGGAACCGGAGGCCUCUGGCUGUGUGUCGCUUUGAGAUGUGGAUGGGGACUGAGUCCAGACCUGCUCCGGCUGAGUUCUUUCUCUUCAUCUCUGGCCGUGCCAGGGCCACGGCCCUGAAGCCCGCCCGACAGGCAGCCCCCAGCCCUUCUGGGAGGAGGGGCGGGGCGGCCCGGCGCCCCCAACCCCAAGCCCACCGCGGAGAUGCUGCGGAGGCCGGCAGCGCGGUCCGGCCGGGACCCCGGGGAGCCAGCGCCUGAGCCAGGGGUGGAGGAGCUGGGGGAGCAAGAGAUUGGGCGGCUGUGGUCCUCCCAGGCACAAGUCCGGGGGCUGCCGUAUGCCAUGGUGGACAAGCGCUUCAUCCGGCAGCUGCGGGAGCCCCCGGGGGUGAAGACCUCUCGCUGGCAGCGAUGGCGGCGCAGGGGGCAGACGGCGGGCCGGCGCCUAGGGGAGGCGGCGCGGAGGCUGGUCCGGGGCUUCGGCCUCUGGGAAGACGCCCUCUACGAGAUCGGGGGCCUCUUUGGCACCGGAAUCCAGUCCUACUUCACCUUCCUUCGCUUCCUGCUGCUGCUCAACUUGCUGACCGUGCUCCUGACCGCAGGCUUCGUGCUGCUGCCCCUGGUCUGGCUCCGCCCCCCUGACACAGGCCCCUCCCUUAACUUCACCCUCCAGUGCCCUGGUGGCCUCCAGCCCCAGACUGGUGUUCCCAGAUUCCACAAUCAACUUUGGAAUGUUUUAACCGGCAGGGCCUUCAACACCACCUACCUCUUCUAUGGCGCAUACCGGGCAGGCCCGGAGAGCAGCUCGGCCUACAGCAUCCGCCUGGCCUACCUCCUGAGCCCGCUGGCCUGCCUGUUCCUCUGCUUCUGUGGGACUCUGCGGCGGAUGGUAAAGGAGCUGCCACAGAGGCUGUUUCUGGGCCAAGACUACAGGUCACCUGUCAGUGUCAAAGUCUUCUCCUCCUGGGACUUCUGUAUCCGGGGACAGGAAGCAGCCACCAUCAAGAAGCACGAGAUCAGCAACGAGUUCAAGGUGGAGCUGGAGGAAGGGCGUCGAUUCCUGCUGAUGCAGCAGCAGACCCGGACCCAGAGGGCCUGCCACCUGCUCACCUACCUGCGGGUCAAUGUCCUCAUCGGGCUCCUGGUGGUCGGGGCCAUCAGCGCCAUCUUCUGGGCCACCAAGUACUCACAGGACAACAAAGAGGAGUCUCUGUUCGUGCUGCUACAGUACCUGCCCCCGGGGGUCAUCGCCCUGGUCAACUUUGUGGGUCCCCUGCUCUUUGUUUUCCUCAUCCAGCUGGAGAACUACCCUCCCAACACUGAGGUCAACCUCACCCUUAUCUGGACGAGGAUCUCGCCUUGGACCCCAAGCCCCUCCUUGAGCCCCCCGCAGACUCCAGCUCAGCAUUUCCGUCUCCCCCUCCACCCCCCUGCUUGGCUCUGCCGGCUUUCUCUCCUGCUUCCCCUGUGCAGAAGCUGUCUGGAGCCCAUCCAGCUUUCCUCCAAGGCUGACUGUGGCUUGAAACUUUAUUUUUGGAAUAGGUGCGUGGUGCUGAAGCUGGCCAGCCUGGGAAUGUUCUCCUUCUCUCUGGGCCAGACUGUGCUGUGCCUUGGCAGAAACAAGACCAGCUGUGAGUCCUUCGGCUACAACGCCUGUGAUUACCAGUGCUGGGAGAACGCGGUCGGGGAAGAGCUGUACAAGCUGAGCAUCUUCAACUUCCUCCUCACGGUGGCCUUUGCCUUCUUUGUCAGCCUGCCUAGGAGGCUGCUGGUGGAGCGGUUCUCAGGCUCUUUCUGGGUCUGGCUGGACCGGGAAGAGUUCCUGGUGCCCAAGAAUGUCCUGGACAUUGUGGCCGGCCAGACGAUCACCUGGAUGGGCCUCUUCUACUGUCCCCUGCUGCCUCUGCUCAACAGUGUCUUCAUCUUCCUCACCUUCUACAUCAAGAAGUACACCCUGAUGAGGAACUCCAAGGCCUCUCCCCGAAGAUUCCGCGCCUCCAGCUCUACCUUCUUCUUCCAGCUGGUGCUCAUCCUGGGCCUGCUCCUGGCCGUCGUGCCUCUGGGCUAUGUGGUCAGCAGCAUCCACUCCUCCUGGGACUGCGGCCUCUUCGCCAACUACGCGGCCCCCUGGCAGGUGGUCCCAGAGCUGAUGGCCCUCCGGCUCCCGCCCUCUGGCCAGCGCGCCCUCCGCUACCUGGGCUCCCACGCCUUCAGCUUCCCCGUCCUCAUCCUGCUCAGUCCCAGGCCAAUGCGAGGGCCAUCCAGCGGAUCCGGAAGCAACUGGUGUGGCAAGUCCAGGAAAAGUGGCACCUGGUGGAGGACCUGUCGCGGCUGCUGCCGGAACCGGGCUCCGGCGACUCUGUGGGGCCCGAGGCCCUUCACUCCCGAGCUUCGCGCCCGCGAUCCUUCUGCCCUGGAUUCCCGUGCCCCGGCUCCCCGGGCCCCAGGACCCCCAGGCCCGGACCUUGCCUCGAGGAUCCCGCUGGGCUCUUCGGUGACCCGGGCCCCGCGCGUAGAUUCCGCCUUCCCAGCGGCUCAGAGCUGUAGCAUCGACCCCUGCCUCGGGCCCGGAGCCUCCCCGGGGCUCGACCCACCUCCCCCACCAGAGUCCCCCUGGCCCCAAGCUCCUGCCCCCUCCCCGUGCCGGACAACACUGCCCCUCUCAGUGGGCCCUCCAGCAGGACGCAGGAGAGCCCCCGGGCAGCAGGAAGAAAAUAUGGUGACUUGUAUUUCUAUUUUUAGCCCGGUCCUGUAAAGUUUCUAUUUUUGUUGGAUGGUUUAUAACGUACAUAAUACAUUAGCAUAGUAACCCACGAAUGCCAUAUAUAAAUACACACCCACCGGAAGUGC